CGCUACGAGGCCAACUGCUACUUCUUAGGCCCUGAAAGGGUUCAGUGUAUACCAAUCAUGGCAAGUUCGAGUAGAGCCAUUUUCAUUAAGAAAAUUGCUAAUUUGCAUCUAAUAAGACCGGUCGAGAGAAAAGCACUCUCUCGAGGAGCCUGCAAUAUUUGUAAAACUGAAAGACAUGGUGCCCGUAUCUCGACAUUAUUACCAGGUAAACUACGCUCAAGGUUGAUGUUCAAAGCCGACGGAAAGAUAUCUGUAGGGAAAACAAGGAUGAACUCAACUGAUGGGUCAUGGAGCAGGCUGAUUGAAUCAGUUGUGCAAUCGUCCUCAAGCUUGGGAUCUAUCACUUCAGAAGGUUCCAGUCUCCAAAAAGUGAGAGGACAAUUGCAAAGAGCCUUGGCUGCUAGAAGAUCACAUGAGCAAGGGAAUCUUCUCCCCAGUGUUAUAGCAUCAGAGUUCUGUAGGAUCUAUUCCUCAUUCGAAGAACUGGAUGACAAGCUUUCAUUUUUCUCGCUGAUAUCGUCAAAUCUGGUUGCAGAUGAGGAACAGAUUUCAAAGGCCAUUAAUUUUUACAAAAAUGCAGGAUCCAGAGGAGAGGCUGCAGUCUUCAAAGCAGUUGAACGUCUUGCAAGCAGCCUGGAACCAGCUUAUAAGCACUUGAUUAAGGACAUUGGUCACCUGGAGGAAGGGGUGAAGUUUCUUGUCAAUAUGAGGAAGGACCUACUGGGCCUUAUGAAAAGUGACAGAGCUGCUGCUAGUGUCCCACAGUUGCAUGCUUUCGAAAGACAUUUGAAACAGCAUUUAGCACAAUGGUUUUCAGCUGGGUUUCUCAACCUUGAACGAGUAACAUGGAAUUCACCAGCCGCUCUUCUAGAGAAGGUUAUGGCUUAUGAGCAAGUGCAUCCGACCACAGGCUGGGACGACUUCAAAAGACGGUUAAAUGAGGACAGAAGAUGUUUUAUAUUCACUCACAGACUUCUUCCUGGAGAACCGUUGGUUAUAUUGCAUACAGCUUUGGGUGACCAUCUUAGAUUCAACAUGGAGGGCAUACAUACCCCACCAGAAAUCAAUAGGACUCCGGACAGUGUCACGUCUGCAACAUUUUAUACAAUAUCGUCUACACAGAAAGGUCUCUCAGGGAUAGACCUUGGUAAUUAUCUGAUCAAGGUUGUAGUUCAAGAACUGAAAAAGGAGUUCCCUACUUUAAUGAAUCUUGGCACUUUAUCGCCAAUUCCUGGAUUUGCGAAAUGGCUAAGCCAAAAGCUCAAAACUGACCCAGGAAAUAUAAAUCAUUUUCUGGAGAAGCAUGGCUUGCUAGGCGAGAUCAUUUCUGGUGAAGCCUCAGCUGAUCAGAUCUCGACUUUGAUAAAGGAAAUCGAGGGUGGCAACGCUCAAGAGACAACGAAAAUGGAUUCUACGAAACUACAACAUUGUUUAAUGGAACUAUGUGCACGAUAUCUGUAUUGCGAGAAACGAAGAGGAUUUGCACUGGACCCAGUUGCAAAUUUUCAUCUACGCAACGGUGCUAUCAUGUGGCGAUUAAACUGGAUGGCUGACAAAAGCGCACGUGGUAUGAAUAGAUCUUAUGGAAUGAUGGUGAACUACAAGUAUGACCUUGCUCAUAUUGAGCGUAAUAACAAACAGUACAUUAUUGAUGGUAUAAUAGCAACUUCAGACUCAGUUUAUCAACUUGUUAAGUGAGUACCUCCUUGCAUAAAAUGCAUAGUAUACGUUAAGUCAUAAAAUUUAAUCAAACAUUUUAAUCCAGCAUAGUUUGUAGCAUCAAUAGCAAAUUGUGUGUCAAAAGCAUAGUUGAGAAAUACAUGGCAAAAAAGGGCUCUGCAAGUUCCGUUCGAAUGUUUUCAACUUUUAUUCGAAAAUUUUUAGCGAUAGUGUUAGUGGUUUAGUGAUUUUCCAUAUUCCUGAAAAACUUUUUCAAUGAAUUUUUGUUAAUAAAGUUUCCAUCGACAAUCUAAGACAAAAGUUUUGAGCAAAAUUCUUAAAAUCCAGGGAGUUGUUGUCACAAAAAUUCCCUCCGUCAAAUCAAUAUGAGAACUGAAGCCAUAAAAGAUUAAAGCAAACAAGCAACUUCAACUUGGAAAUAGCGGGAACGGGAAAAGAUUUUUACAAUUUUUGAAAAGUUUUGAUUUUGAUAGAAUUAUGUAAAUUUACUUAACGUAGGGUGCGUUAAAAGUGAUGACUUGAAGGCCGAACUGCACUUCAGUCUUUUGACGCGUGCGCUGUGCAGUUGUCUGAUCUGAUUGGCUCAAUGCUGCUUGUUCGUGGGACAGGUAGUAAGAUCUCAAGGUUUUACCAAGGUGAAGGAAAUUUGUUCUCUGCGAUCAAAGCAAUCUAAAUGUGUAUGCUCGGUUACUGUCCUUUUGCAAACCAAAGAUUGCAGUAGAAGGGGGCUUUAAAAUUCAAGCGCCAUGUUAAUACUUCUUUCUAUCAUUAUUUCCUUAUAGUUAUUGCCUUUUAAUAUACUUCAGUAUACUAUACCUUUUGUUUGUCGUUUUGUGUUCUGACAACCAUCAGAUGUUUGUACCUGUUAUAUUUCGAUUUGUUGCUUGUUAGCAUUCAGUAGUCAAAAUGAUUUUGUUAUUUAGUGCGCAAUACAAAGCCAAAGAGAACUUAAUCGUAAAGAAAUUAUAUGUAGUGAAUUGCAUUUCUUAAAUGAAUAUUUUGUGUAAUCUCGGUUAAACCAAUUUUCUUAAAGAUCUCAAAUAGAAUGUAUAUUACAAUUCUUAUCUUUUUAUGAUAUCUUUAUCUUUUAUUCUGUAA